UAUAUAUAUAUAUAUAGUAAGUAAAUAAAUAAGCAUUGGCUUCUUUUAGUGUUGAAUGUUAAAGGGUUAAACACACCAAGGUGAUCAGAAACUCCACCCUCUUACAACACUUACCAGGAAGAGACUGACUUGUUAUUUCUCCUUUCUGUCACACUGAUUUUCUUCUCUUUGACAAAAGCUAACAAGAAUCAGCCAUCAGUGGACAACGAAGAGAAAAACUUUGAAGAAGUUUAUUUCUGAACAGACAGCAGAUCUUUGUGAUUCUCGAGGUUUAUUUAUUUUUUAAAGUAGAAAGUGAAAGUAAAGUUUAGGUUGCUGGAGCUCAAACAGUGGAAAUGGCUUCAUUAUCUGUAGAAGAGCUUUCUUGUCCCGUGUGCUGUGAAAUCUUCAAGACUCCUGUUCUUUUAUCAUGUAGUCACAGUGUCUGUAAAGAGUGUCUUCAACAGUUCUGGAGAACCAAGAAAACUCAGGAGUGUCCCGUCUGCAGGAGAAGAUCCUCAAAAGAUCGUCCUCCAAUAAAUCUUGCGUUAAAAAACUUGUGUGAGUCGUUCCUGAAGGAGAGAAAUGAGAGCCGUUCAUCAGGAUCUGAGGAGAUCUGCAGUUUACACAGUGAGAAACUCAAACUCGUCUGUCUGGAAGACAAACAACCUCUGUGUUUAGUGUGCUUUACUUCAGAACAACACGACAAUCACAAAUUCAGACCAAUAAGUGAAGUGGUUUCAUCAUAUAAGUGUCAUACUAAAGUGUAGUCACUGGGUAAGACCUUUUAAACAACUUCAUGCUGUUGAAAAAGUUUGAUUUAAGUCUAUUUUGUAUUUACUCAAGUUGCUUUUUCUUUAUGUUAGGUUUUAAUUGCUGAAUCAAUUUAGUGUGAGAUACACACACACACACACAAACACAAACACAAAGAGCACUGUAUUCUCUUCUCUUCACUGUAAUCUAGUGUUUUAUAUAUUUUUAUUCAAUUCUAGGAGGAGCUCAAUACAGCACUGAAGUCCUUACAGGAGAAACUUCAACACAAUGAAAGCAUGAAAGAAGAGUUUGAGAAAACAGU